UCUGUCUGUUGGUUUAACUCUAACUGACAAUGUUGCGUUGAUUAGGAUAUAUGACAUUUAACCUUUUGAUUGAAAUGAACAUGUUUAUUUAUUCACUUUUGAAAUAUGAGACUUGCACCAUCAUUAGAUUUUACUUUGUAGGUAAUUAGCAGCCGAGAAUGCAACAUUGUCUGGUCUGGACCACAGAGUUUAAUAAGAAUGUAAAGGAUCUGGAGCAUAGAUCAUGUAAAUCUGUGUUAGGUCUUGACUUGAGACAUCAUUUAUGCUUAUAUUCUUUAUUCAUACGGCAAAAAUGCGGUCCGGUAUUUUGCAUGUAACAAACACGUCGUAUUUGCCUUAAUAAUUUUUAACCGUUCCAAACAUCUAUUGUCUCACAUUCUUCACAUUUUUAUCUUUCUGAAUAACCUGUUGGUAAGAUUUAGAAUGGAUUCAUGACACGUAAUCGAGCCUUAUUUGAUCUAAAUCAUUAAAAUGCAUUCAAAUUUUGUUAAUCUAAAAUCCCAAACACUGCUUCGAGUAAAAUUAUUUUGGAAAAAGCAAAACUUUUGUUUGUUGAAAGAGGUGAAUCAAGUUUUUAAGAGUGAAAGAUGUAUGUGAUAAUAAUAAAUGGAAAAGGUCCAACCCCGAGUCAAAUGGGAGAGCCAAUGGGGACCAAAUCAUAGUCUGUUAGGAGGUCUUUACUAUACACGAAUCUUAUUCUUUGUUGUCUCAUCAUCUCCUCAGCAAGAGUGUGAAGCAUCUCAACGCAAGAAAUAAGUCGUCUCAACCCUACGUUAGCAAAGACUGCAGAUAGAAAAGCACAGAAAUUUCAUGUUACCAUCCACGCCACCAGUAGAAGUACAGAGAUCUCGUAUGUGUACAUGGCUUUACAAGAUGCAAGAUCACUUUUUUGAGAAAUAAUCUCAACUACUUUAUCGCAUGCAACAGUUUCACCUCGUCGAAUCAACAUCUCGCCAACGCCACGCGAACAACAUGCAUUUGUGUUUUUAAGUUUCUGGAUAGCAAGUACUCACGUGGCUUAAAAAUGCUUGAAAAAUAUUUAUUGUAACAUCAAUAGAAGUUUUUUUUCUAAGGUUGUAGGCACAAGUGUUAAUUUUAUUGGCAAGAAGGUGACUUGAGUGGAAAAUAAAAGUGUAAUUUACUAACCUUUCAAAGGUGUAAUUUAUGGAUUAAAUUGAAUUAUGGCCUUAAUCUUGUGGUAGUGUGUGAACCAGUGUUUUGCUUAUGACUGUUAUGACUGUGUCCAGCAUCGAUAUGUUGCGAUCUUGUUUUACGGGGUAUCCAUUCCAAGGACAAGGCCGUAUGAAUCAGUUGGGGGGAGUGUUCAUCAACGGACGUCCCCUUCCAAACCACAUACGAUUAAAAAUUGUGGAAAUGGCCGCGUCCGGCGUUCGACCCUGCGUAAUUUCCCGACAAUUACGAGUCUCUCAUGGAUGUGUGUCCAAAAUUCUCAACAGAUAUCAAGAAACGGGUUCCAUCCGUCCCGGCGUCAUUGGUGGCAGCAAACCUAGAAUCGCACCCCCAGACGUUGAACGAAGAAUUGAAGAAUAUAAACAAGAAAAUCCAGGCAUUUUUUCUUGGGAAAUAAGGGACAGAUUGGUGAAGGAAGGGCUUUGUGACAAGAAUAGUGCACCAUCGGUCAGUGCGAUAUCUCGCUUGUUGCGUGGUCGAGAGGGCGAUAUUAUGGACUCGAGCGAAAAGAAAUUCAUGGAUUCAGGUGAAAAACCAAAUAGUGACGGCUCUGACUGCGAAUCCGAGCCUGGAAUUCCUCUAAAGAGAAAACAACGUCGAAGUCGCACUACUUUCACUGCUCAACAACUAGACGAGUUGGAAAAGGCGUUCGAACGAACCCAGUAUCCGGACAUCUACACAAGAGAGGAACUCGCACAAAGGACAAAAUUGACAGAGGCCAGAAUUCAAGUUUGGUUCAGCAACAGGAGGGCGAGACUUCGUAAACAGAUUUCUGGCAGCAGUGUGAGCAGUGGGAGUUACAACAAUUCUUUGGGGAUGAGCAUUCCCAUCUAUUCGACGACCCCUUCGACGUACCACACCCACUCCGUGCUCUCACAUCAUCAUCAACAGGGCCUGGUGGAUUCUCACUUUCCCUCCUCAGGCACUGCUCAAGGGAGCGAUGGUGGCUCGUUGUACUCGGUGUCGAACGGGAGUUCUUCCUCCAUCAGUAAUGCGUCGUCGGGUGCAGGUCGCAGCUUGUCCAUGUCGUCGCCCCCGCCGUCGUCCAGCAACAAUCUCCCAGGAACGUCCUCCUACACCUCACUGGGCGGGCAUGGAACGUACACGCCAAAUUCUGCCGGUCUGAUCAAUCAACAGCAAGGGGGUCAUGUUUCCUCACCUAAUAACAACAACACGGCCUCUCCCCCUGGGCCGUAUGGGUCAGGACAAGGUCAAACUGCUGAGGAGGCGUGGGGUGCAAUUCCAGGGCGUCCAAAUAUGACUGCAUACAACUCGUCAACUCCAACCGCGACCCUGAUGGGGCCUCCAAGACAUCAACACUACUAUGGAUGGUACUAAAUACUAAAUCUAAAUAGUGAAUAAAUCAGUGAAUCAAUCUCUUGGGUGGAGCUGACAAAUCUGCAUGAACCGUCAUUUACACUACACCAUGUAUGUGGCGUAAGUGGCGAAUUCAUGUAUGUGAGCCAGAUUGCAUAUCUUUCCAAAUUAAUACUAUAUCAAUUCCUGUUUUAAAUUAAUCCUACAUUAAAUACUUUCUUUUAAAAGAUGAUGGUAUACCAAUUAAGGUUACGUGUAAGAAUGUAAUUUUAUAUUUUUUAAAACUGCCAAUCAUAAAAAAAUGGGGCUGUAACAAAAAAGUCUUGCCUGGACUUUGAACUUCAUGAUAUUUUAUUGGUUACUCAGAUUUCAAAGCUUUCUAAAAUUUACCAAAGGGAUAUUUUCUCCAUCAAUUCUUAAUCAUAGUCGAAAAUAUUGUCAAGAAGCCGAAAUUUUAAUAUAUAAAAAAUACAGAAUGAAAAAUUUUAUUAAACACGUAUCCUAAAAAUUAGAUAUAACUAGCGUUACCGUAUUUAGUUGUCGAAUAAUGAGGAAAUCAAGUUAUACAGUGUAUACUAUAUCCGAAAACCGUCAACUUUAGUGCCUGCCUGGUGAAUACUACAUAUUUGUACAUACAUAAUCUAUUAGUACGUAUUCUAGUGUAACAUAUAUAUCCAGAAUAUUUUAAGACAUUGGCUUUUAGCGCAUUUAUCAAUAUAUAUGUAUGUACAUACCUAUGUGUAAGUAUGCAUAAGUCUACAUUGUAUAAGUACGUGUGUAGAUGAAUGUUGAAUGAGAUGCCUUAAAUUGCAAUUAAAUAAAGAGAAACAAUACCUAA